UUCAGUGUCAGAAAGAUGGCGUCUCAAGGAGGAAUGUCUGAAGAAGCAGUUUCUGCAGCCUGUAAAGAGGGAGACCCCAUCACCGGGGACUUCAUGAUGCAGCAGACGAUGCUCCGAGUGAAAGACCCGGUCAGAUCUCUGGAUUUCUACACGCGAGUCCUCGGGAUGACUUUACUGCAGAAGAUCGACUUUCCCUCGAUGCGCUUCACUCUUUACUUUUUGGGCUUCGAGGAAAAGUCGGACAUUCCCGAAGAAAUCAAGGAGCGAACGGCCUGGACGUUUAGCCGCAGAGCCACCAUCGAACUCACACAUAACUGGGGGUCAGAGCUGGAGGAAAGUCUUUCGUUCCACAACGGGAACAAGAAGCCCACAGGAUUUGGUCAUAUUGGGAUUGCUGUUCCUGAUGUUUACGCCGCCUGCAAAGUGUUUGAGGAGCAAGGAGUGACGUUCGUAAAGAAACCAGAGACGGGGAAGGUGAAGGACCUGGCCUUCAUCCAGGACCCUGACGGAUACUGGAUUGAGAUUUUAAGUCCGAACAACAUGUUUAAUUUGACACAGAAAGCUUAAUUCUCUACACGACGACCCCUCGAUACUUCCUCAAACUCUGCUUUACGUUGAAGUCCAGAUCCGGACUAUAGACAUCUUAUUUCCUCCGAUUUCCUGUCAUCACAAGAUGUUGUUGUUGUUGUCUUUAUAAAUAUUUGUACCAAGAAGACAGAUCACUGAAUCUCCAGAUAAAAACUCACAAUACAUCUGAGAUCUUUAUCUUUACUAAAAUAUAUGUAAUUGUCUUGGAAACACAUUUCAACUUGUGCUUCAAAAUGACUUCUCCAGCAUUUUUCAUACAUUUGAUAAAAAAACAACACGAAACUAAUAAAUAAACCCAACCCUAAACCAA